UCUUGACUCGAUGUUAUCCAGUUUUCGUGAGUUUGUGCACAGAGCACAGGGUACAGAGUGCAGUUGUGUAAUUAAUUAUAUAAGAAACCGAACCAACCGCCGGAUUCAUCCAACAUCCAAGAACUUAAGUGAUUUCAUACGACGAUAAAGGACGGAGAGAUUAUACAAAAAAAGAGCUUUCUGCAGGAAAUAAGAGAAUAACAAUAAACCUUCGAGGACAAAACUGAUUUUGAUAAAUAUCCAAAUAGUAAUCUAUCAUUCAGUUCACAAACCAAUACCUAGAAUGUCUUUAACUACUGAUAAUUGCAAGGUAGUGUACUUGCGUCUAGUAUGGCCAGUGGCUCAUCACAUUAAUCCAGAUAUCUUGAAAGUAGCAGCCAAAUUUCAAAGUAAAGAAUUAUCUGUUUGGGUCAAGCCUACAAAACUGAUUCACAAAAAAACGACACUGUAUCGGAACGGUUUGAUAGUUAAGAAUGGUGAGUUGUUUCUUCAAGGUCAAAAGCUGGAGACUGUUGACUUGAAAACUGCUUUAAUGAAGUUUCAUGAAUUCAUCACAUCAGCACCGAAGCCAAUUUUACUCGUUACCCACUCUUCAGGAGUCGAGUUACAACUCCUCUCCAGAGCUAUCCGGGAAACUAAGGCGGAGUAUAUGUUUAAUGGUGUUAUUCAGCGUGUCGUGGAUACUGUACCGAUAUUUGAAAAAAGGUUUCCAAGUCUAAAGAGCCGAAGUCAACUCACAUUAGAAGUUUUAAUGUCCUAUAUGACGGGGAAACAGCCACAUUACAGGAAUGUAGUCUUGAAGACAUCAUAUUAUUUAAAAUGCCUGAUGUGGCUGCUAACCAAUAACUCCGUAUCAACGUCUGAGUUGAUUGAGAACAGCGAAUCUUAUGAAAAUUGGUUAUUCAGCUUCCAAUGUCCAUUACCAUUGUUCCGUAAUAAUGCACAACGUAUAGAAAAAUUAAUCCCAUUCCUAAGUUUGCGUAAUGUAAAAAAUCUAAAAAAAGCAAAAAUUCCAUUUGCGACACUAGAAGAGUUAUCUCAAAAAGAUGAUCCCGAAAUUCUCCGUAGAUACGUUGAAAAACAGUGCGCUGAGAACAAUGUUCGAACGAUUCCUCUCGGUAAAAUAUUAGAGAUAUUCAAGUUUUUGAAAAAUCCCUGUCCACAUGACCACGGAGAUCAUUCAGUUAACACAGGACAGGAAGGAUCUGUUGUAGAUGAACCGGGUUCAUCUAUGACAUCACACGGAAAGCAAUACAAUGAUCAUUCACUGCUCAGACAACAGGAAGAACUCGUCGAUGAUCCGGAUUCAGUUAUGGAAGAACUGGAAGCACCAUACAACAGCGAUCAUUUCCGUGUCAGACAGGAAACACAACGUGCCAACUAUUCAUCAACCGGAGAUCAGGAAAACUCUAGCGAUAUUUUGGAUUUAUUGACGGAAGAACAAGGAGUAAGAAUCGAUUACGACUAUCCAUGGAGUUCCGUGCCGCGAGAACUUGCCCAUUCCACGGAUUUUUAUACAGAAGGACAAGAAACAGUCAACGAUUAUCCAUUCUCUUACCAACUCGAUGAGGCUACAAUGGACUGGAAUUCGUUUGUAGAAGUACAGGAAACCCCAGAUGAUGGAACUUAUCCAUUCACCAGUGAAGAGGAAGAACGCCUCGCUGAUGCGUACUCAAUGAUAGAAGAAUCGGGAGCACUAUACGACAACGAUCACUCACUCACCGGACAUCAGAGAGAACGAGGAGCAGCCCACGAUUAUCAAUUUACCGGAUACCGCGAUGAACUCAUUGAGGAUCAGCGUGAAAAGGACCGAGAAUUGCUUCAAGAAUGGCAUGAGAAGUUCCAUCUUUUUUACUGAAGGAAUUACCGACAGCAAUAAGUACGUGAUUGGUGCGUUGUUUCGUCGAUCAUUAACACGUCUAAUAAAGAAAAAUGUAGCAGUAUCCAAUUUCGUAAACAACUUUGACUGAUUGAUUGAACCAGUUUUGAAGAAAUCGUCAUAUGAAAAAUUAAUAAAAUAAAAAGAAAAAGUUAACGCACAUGAAAUGUAUCGAACGUAAGUAAAAUAAAAAUGUAAUCUCACCAACAAAAA